AGAAAGUUCCCUUCACAAUUCCUCCACAGUCCUAACUAGUUGGACACAGACACAGAAUUUCAUUGCCUUGUUGCAAUAAUAAUUAGGGUGAGGCUGGACAAAAUGGUAAUUUUGAGAAAGAGAAACUGAUCCACUAAUCAAGUCCCUCUGCACAAGCCGCCUCAUUACUCUCUUUCACUUGCUCCUCCUCCUCCCUCCCUCCCUCUUUCCCCCUCUUCUCUUCUCACUUUGCUUUUCAUCUUUUAGCCUCUCUCUCUCUCUCUCUCUCUCUCCCCCCCCUAAGCAAACUGGGUAAGAAAGAAAACCCACCCCAUUGUUUCCAUCAAUGUGACUAUUUGUGUGUCUCAGUCUCACUGUGAUCUUAUAUAUGAGCUAAGCCCUCUUUUCAGAGAAAGCGUGUGAGAAUUGGAAGAAAAGUAGCUGCAGACACCACCACAAUCAGUGAGUUCUUUUCUUUCCCUAAAAAGACCUCGUCGGAAAGGGCGCCCCGGCAAAGACCCACGAGAUCAUUACCAAAAUGCUGGACUACGAAUGGGGAAACCCCUCCACCGUCAUGCUCUCCCCCGACAACGACCCCGGAUCCGACCCCACCCGACACCACCACAACACCACCACCAUUUUCGACCAUUACGCCUCCCAAGCCUCCCAAGCCUCCGCCUUCAACAACCUCGUCCCUCCUCCUCCUCCGCCGCAACAGCAAUCUCACCACGCCGCAUUCGCCCACCACUUUAACUCGGCCCAGGCCCAGCAGCUCCACUCCAUCUACGACGCCCACGCCUAUGCUAACGCGUCGGCCUACGCGCCUCCAAAUCACCACCCUCUGCUCUCCCUCGACCCGAUCCACGGCGGCGCGGCCCACGGGCUCAUUCUGGUCCCGAAAUCCGAGGACCUGUGCCGGCCUGUGGACUUCGCGUCGAGGAUCGGGCUCAACCUCGGCGGCCGGACCUACUUCUCCUCCGAGGACGACUUCAUGAACCGGCUCUACCGCCGGACCCGACCGGCCACCGAGACCGGGUCGAACCACGCCCCGCGGUGCCAGGCCGAGGGCUGCACGGCGGACCUCUCCCACGCCAAGCACUACCACCGCCGCCACAAGGUCUGCGAGUUCCACUCCAAGGCCUCCACCGUUAUCGCCAACGGGUUGACUCAGCGAUUCUGCCAGCAGUGCAGCAGAUUCCAUCUUCUUCCGGAGUUUGACAACGGAAAGCGCAGCUGCCGGAGGAGAUUGGCCGAUCACAAUCGUCGCAGGCGAAAAACUCAGCAAACAAAUCAAGAGAAUCACAACUCACAAGUACAGCAGCUAGUGGAAAAUGCCCGGAAUUCUUCUUCAGAUAAUGUUGCAAGGUCUCCGCCGGAGUCGGCAGCUCAUUCGGCGUCCUCUGUGACCGUGGCCCUGUCGCCGCCACGAAUGACGUUGGAUUGUUUUAGGCAAAGACCCUAUCAAGCUGCUGCCACAACUUCUUCAGGGUCAUCAAGCUCACUUUUUUUCUCAAGUGGGUAAAAGCCAAUUAGAAUUAGUUAAUCAAUGGCGUUGUGUAUUUUUAAUUAGUCUAGUCUUCCCUAAAAUUUCAGUCUUAGUCUGAACGAAUUUUAGUCACAUUAAUUACAUGCAAUAUUGGAGCAUGAAUUUGGCUAUUCUCUAUAUUCUAUGCAAGUAGAUUCUUUAGCA